UGACACAUAUGUAGUUUGUGGUGACAGUGCUAAAGAACUGCAGACAGGCACUUAGCAGACUGGAUGUGAGCUGGAUGCAAAGAUGCCUCACCCUGGACUUCCUGCUGGCAGUAUGUAAAUACACCUGCAGACUGGCCACACUGGGUGGUUUGUUUUUUUGUUGGUUUUUUUUUUUUUUUUUUUCAGAAGGCAGCAUGAGAGGACCUGACAAAGCAAGAGAAUAGUUGAGACCUUAACCAGCAUUAGAUCUGUGUCUCAGUUGUGGGGGAAGUUUUUUGGUUUUGGUUUUUUGGCUUGGAUUUUUUUUUUUUUUUUUGGUGUGUUUGCUGCAUAUUCAGACUGAAAUCUUCAUCACUACAAUGUUUGCCUCUAUCUGGUAUGCCAAGAAGCUGGGACGCAGGUUUGUGCAUAACGCCAGGAAAGCAAAAGCAGAGAAGGCAAGCCCUGCCCCUAUAAUUGUCAACACAGACACCUUGGACACAAUCCCUUAUGUCAAUGGAACAGAAAUUGAAUAUGAAUUUGAAGAAAUUACUUUGGAGAGGGGGAAUUCCGGCCUGGGGUUCAGUAUUGCUGGAGGAACGGAUAACCCACACAUUGGGGAUGAUCCUGGGAUAUUCAUUACUAAGAUUAUACCAGGAGGAGCUGCAGCAGAGGAUGGAAGACUCAGGGUCAACGAUUGCAUCUUGCGAGUGAACGAGGUCGAUGUGUCUGAAGUCUCACACAGCAAAGCCGUGGAGGCCCUAAAAGAGGCUGGUUCCAUAGUACGAUUGUAUGUUCGUCGAAGAAGACCUAUACUGGAGACCGUGGUAGAGAUCAAGUUGUUCAAAGGACCAAAAGGUCUGGGAUUCAGUAUUGCAGGAGGGGUAGGAAACCAACACAUCCCUGGGGACAACAGCAUUUAUGUCACCAAGAUUAUUGAUGGGGGAGCUGCACAGAAAGAUGGGAGGUUACAGGUUGGAGAUAGACUUCUUAUGGUAAAUAAUUACAGUUUAGAGGAAGUUACCCAUGAAGAGGCAGUAGCGAUACUGAAGAACACAUCAGAUGUAGUCUAUCUGAAAGUUGGAAAGCCCACCACCAUUUACAUGACCGAUCCAUAUGGCCCGCCAGAUAUUACUCACUCUUAUUCUCCGCCAAUGGAAAAUCAUAUACUUUCUGGAAACAAUGGCACUUUAGAGUACAAGACAUCCCUGGCCCCUAUUUCUCCAGGAAGAUACUCACCCAUUCCAAAGCACAUGCUUGUGGAGGAUGACUACACCAGGCCUCCUGAACCUGUUUACAGCACUGUGAACAAACUGUGUGAUAAACCACCUUCUCCUAGGCACUAUUCCCCUGUCGAGUGUGACAAAAGCUUCCUUCUUACAGCUCCCUAUCCCCACUACCACGUAGGCCUGCUCCCUGACUCUGAGAUCACCAGUCAUUCCCAGCACAGCACUGCAACGCGUCCACCCACAGUGAGCUUGCAGCGGACCAUUUCUGUGGAAGGAGAGCCUCGAAAAAUCAUCCUGCACAAGGGCUCCACAGGACUUGGUUUCAACAUUGUGGGAGGUGAAGAUGGGGAAGGCAUUUUCGUGUCUUUCAUCCUAGCAGGUGGGCCUGCAGAUCUCAGUGGAGAACUGCAGCGAGGAGAUCAAAUUUUAUCUGUGAACGGUAUUGAUCUUCGAGGUGCUACCCACGAGCAGGCUGCAGCUGCGCUCAAAGGAGCUGGGCAGACGGUAACAAUCAUAGCACAAUACCAGCCGGAGGAGUACGCUCGAUUUGAGGCAAAAAUCCAUGACCUGCGUGAGCAGAUGAUGAAUCACAGCAUGAGUUCUGGGUCUGGAUCCCUGAGGACUAAUCAGAAGAGGUCACUGUAUGUCAGAGCCAUGUUUGACUAUGACAAGAGCAAAGACAGUGGCCUCCCAAGCCAAGGACUCAGUUUUAAGUAUGGGGACAUCCUUCAUGUCAUCAACGCCUCAGACGAUGAAUGGUGGCAGGCGAGGAGGGUCACUCUGGAGGGGGACAGUGAGGAAAUGGGAGUUAUACCCAGCAAGAGGAGAGUUGAAAGAAAGGAGCGUGCACGUUUGAAGACGGUGAAAUUCAACGCAAAACCUGGUGUAAUUGACUCAAAAGGGUCAUUCAAUGACAAGCGUAAAAAGAACUUCAUCUUUUCACGAAAAUUCCCAUUCUACAAGAGCAAGGAGCAGAGUGAGCAGGAAACAAGUGAUCCAGAACAACAUGUUUCUUCUAAUGCCAGCGAUAGUGAAAGUAGCUACAGAGGCCAAGAAGACUGCAUCUUUUCUUAUGAACCUGUCACAAGACAGGAAAUUAAUUACACCAGGCCGGUUAUUAUUCUGGGUCCUAUGAAAGAUCGGAUCAACGAUGAUUUGAUAUCUGAAUUCCCUGAUAAGUUCGGAUCAUGUGUACCACAUACCACACGGCCAAAGCGUGACUAUGAAGUGGAUGGGAGAGAUUAUCAUUUUGUCAUUUCAAGAGAACAAAUGGAAAAAGAUAUCCAAGAGCACAAAUUUAUAGAAGCUGGGCAGUACAAUGAUAAUUUAUAUGGAACUAGUGUCCAGUCUGUGAGAUUUGUGGCAGAAAGGGGCAAGCACUGUAUACUUGAUGUGUCAGGAAAUGCUAUCAAACGACUACAAGUUGCACAACUCUAUCCCAUCGCUAUCUUCAUUAAGCCUAAAUCAUGGGAGCCUCUGAUGGAAAUGAAUAAACGUCUUACAGAGGAGCAAGCAAAGAAAACCUACGAUCGAGCAAUUAAAUUAGAACAAGAAUUCGGAGAAUAUUUCACAGCUAUUGUCCAAGGAGAUAGCUUAGAAGAUAUAUAUAAUCAAUGCAAACUUGUAAUUGAAGAACAAUCUGGGCCUUUCAUCUGGAUUCCUUCAAAGGAAAAAUUAUAAAUUAGCCACUGCACCUCUGAUUACGACGGGAGAAUAUUUAGAAGAAAACUAUAAUAUACUAUUUGGAGGCUUUCCUGUUUUUGUUGCAUUUAUGUUCUUUGCAGUCAAUGUGAAUUUUGAUGAAUGUACAACACAAAGUGUUUGAAGCCAUGAAGGACACUGAUGGGUCAAAGGGUAGGAACAAAAAGACUUCUACCAUAUAAAGCAAAUCUGUUGUGUGCUCAGAGCACCAGUUGUAGGUAUAAACUUUUGACACGGAGACCCUCUGUCAAGGGGAGCUAGCCACCUCCUGUGCCCAUGCGGACAUUUUGAUCGAUUUCAAUGGCUGAGCUCAGUGUUUUGAUUGCUUUAAAGAGAAGUUCCCAGCUCUUGAACCUCAUAUAGGGCUUGAUCCUGCAAGGCGCUCAGCACUCGACCCCAAUUCCUACACGAGUAGCCUGGUGACUUGGAGGCACUUGUGAUCCUUCCCUCUGCUGUUCAGUUCCAUCAAUUCCAGUAGGACUAUUCAUGUGCUCAAAGCUAAGCACAGGCUUAAGCAUUUUGCUAGAUCAGGGCCACACGCACCUUGCAAAAUCAAGCUCAGAGUACUUGGUCCACUUCUUACUGAGGUCACUGUUAGGACUCUCUGUGACUUGACUGGGAGGUGGGUCCUAUUCUAAGUUUGUCAUUGCAUAUUUGUAGUUGGUACACCUCGACUUUGGUAACUAUGCACAUCUUUUGAUUUCUGAAACCAAGUCAAGCAUUUCUUUUUUCCCCUUUGGAAACACUAUUGCAUCAGGAACUAAUAACAAUAUGGUUUAUUUUAAUGGUGUUUGGGUGUGGGAGAGGAUGGAAGCAUUUCACAUCACACACUCGUGCACUCUAAUACAUUCCCAUGCGGACACACACGUAUGAGGAUUCACAGCACCUAUGUUGACAAGGAGGGAUACAACUGGGAAAAGCUUUAAAAUUUUUGAUUGUCUAUUUUAUCAUUUAUAUUGACAGAAGGCACUUAAAGAUGGAAUAAUUUAUAAAAAUAAAAAUAUAUUGAUGUAUAGAAACUAAUUUCUAUAGGUAAAAAAGUUUUUGUGAAGAUAUUUUGUAAAGAUUAAUUAAUUGAAAGAUUAAAUAUUUACACCCUUGUGUGACUGUAAAAUGUAAAGAGGACCAUCAAGUUGCAUUAUCCCUUUUCCAUAACAGAUUCUCUAUUCUUAAUUACGAGCAAAAUAAUUCCUUAAAUUGUAGUUGUCGUUUUGUUUUUCUUUCAAUUUAAUCCUCUUCCUUGCCUCUAUUUAAUCAUGAUGAACUCCUGUGGAAAGAUCUCUUCAACUGACUGCCCUGUAGGACUUUUCUGAACACAAAAGGAUAAUGCAUCUUUAAAAUGAAAUGGACAACUAUUCAGAAGCAAAAUGUCAAUGCUUAAAUGCGGUUAAUAAUGUCUGUCUCGGGAGGGAGGCAUCCUUCGCCCCCAAAUGUUUUAUGAUUCUUCUUGUUUUUUCCAAGGAAAUAACAAAAGUAUUUGAUCUUUCCUCUCUUUGCAGGCAGGUCACCAACUAACCUAUAUCUUCAUUCAUUUCACAGUCAACAAGGGUCUUAAAAGCAAAAACUGAGGCAAUGGAUGUUUGUGAGGGAUUUGGGGAAAGUCUGUGGAAUUGCAGUUUGGGGUGCAUGGAAAGGGAGGAGGAGAUAUUUCUUUCAUGUUUCGCACCGCCCUUCCUCUGUAUACUGAUGCCAAUCUUCACUGACUCAUAAGGGGACAACUGCAAAAAUGCUAUGACAGUAAACUGAAUUGCCUUUGCUGCUGCUGGACCAUGUUCUCUAUAAAACCCACACUCCUGCCUGCUGCACUGCAGGAGUGCAAUGCCUAUGGCUGGUGGCUACAGUAACCCUAACGCUUAAGGAUGUUUUAAGGGCAAAUGCUAAAUAGACUCCUCUGUUACUUGUCUAUUUGAAGCUUGCAUUUCUACACCCUGUCGAGCUGACAGGUAUACCCAGCCAACUUCCGCGGACAGCGAGACGAGCUGGAUGUUUGCAAAAGCCACCAGCAGCGACAGGGUUAAUAAUACAGGCAGUUUAGUGGCCCUGAGGGGGCCUCCUAAGCUUACUGCCCAACUAUGAUAACUUUGAGAAGUUCACACUUCUUUAACUACUAUUUUUCUUGCCUGGCCAGCGCAGAUUUAUAAACAAGGGUUUCAGUUAAGUCUCCAGAAGAGCUUUGUAAUCAGAAGGGCUAGAAACAUUUUUUUUUCUUUUUUUUUUUACAAAAUAUAAAUUAAUGAAUGCUUUGAUUUUGGAUAAUUCUGCAGAAAUCCACAGAGUGACCCCAGAUCUUUGGAAGCCACGAAUUUUUCCAUACUGGCAAAAUACUAUUGCCCCAGGUUGGGAAUCAGCCCACCAGACCUGAAAAACCAAGUAUCCUAAAGCAGGAACUUCAUUCUAAUUUUCAGCUCUGUUUUAAGCAAUCAAUCACAUCUGCUUCUUUGUUUCUUAGUUCAGCAUGCAGCCUUUUAUGGUACUAUCCUACUAGUAACUGUUUUGCUUUGUCAUGUGCUGUGCUUUAAGGUGAACAGUAACACUACGGCUGAGUACAAUCAAUUUUUCCAUCAGUCCUUGGUUACUGUAGUAACAUUAUUUAUUUUUCCCUGUCUGUUGUUUGUGCUUCCAAUUUAGAGUUGACAUUGCACUUCUUUUUUUUUUUUUUUUUUUAAAUAAAACAUAUAUUUAAAAACAAAUUGUCAAGAGAAGCAGUGAGAGGUCUUAUUUCCCUUAGGACUUGUACUCCCAUUUGUUUUGUGCGUUGACGUUUUGCGUUUCAUGUUUCAGCAUCCGCAGAGCUGCAGUCCAUUUUUGCAUUGCAGCUGUUCAGAUCAUACUGGGUGGUAGUGGGAGGAGGAAGGGAAACAUAAGAUUCAUGCAAAAUUACAUCUGGUGCAAAAAAAAAAAAAAGUCCAAACUCAAAACCCAUAGCAAUUGGCACCUGAGUCCAUAUUGAUGCUAACACAGCUUAGCAUAAUCAGAUUCUCUUUCUGUCCAUGUAAAAGGCUCAGGAGUGUCUAAACAUGAGACAAAUGCAAAUGCUGGACCCUUUAGGAAAAGUGCCAGAUCACACCCCUGGUGCUAUAUCUCAUGUUCUGGCACAGUGUGUAGCACCGUAGGGUCCAAGCAGAAUCAAAAUUAUCACAGCUUUUCGUCCACCCAUGAAUGAUCAUGAUGACAUCUUGCUAGCUUUUUGCAGAUGUGCAAUAUUACAACCUAUUUUUCCUUGCCACAAAAAAAAAAAAAAAAUCUUUCAUGCACUGACUCAUUGAGAGCUUACUAACAGGGCUCAGUGAAACUCAGCACUCUUCACUGGUCUUUGGGUCUGAGCAUCAACCAGUGAAAGAGCCUCUUUCUUGCUUAAUCCCCCUUCCUACAGAGGUGCCCUGUCCAUGCUAGCGCUUUGUAAUUUCUUUGGUAGUUAAGGCUGUUUCUAGAUCAAUAUUCUGUGGUGUAAUUGUGUUUGUAGCUAGCAUGGUUUGAUGCUCCGGUGUGGAUAGGGUCCUAGGAACCACUCUGUGAAAAUCAAGAACAAAAAUCUCUCCACUGCACUGAAAUGUCAAAUCCUCAUCCUGGAGAGCAGUGUGGAACCUGAGCUAAUAACCACUAGGAGCCAGCAACAGUGUCCUAGGUAUACAACAUCCCCCUACCUAUUUACAUUAAUUUUCUACAGAGAAAUUGUUGGUAUUACACCCUCACUGUUACUUGCUCGGUCAAAUUUUAUUAAUUUUUUUCUUUUCUUAUUUUUUUUUCAAAUUUUAUCCCUGACGAGAGGGUUCAGUGAGUGACAACACAUGAGGAUAUUUGUAGGAAAAAUAGUGUUCAUGAAAAAAGUCUCAAGCUUCUUUUUCAGCUGCAGUUUUAAAGCCAUAAUAUCUGCCGUGUUCACAGAAAGUAGUCUUUUAUCCUUCACAACUUUUAAAUCUCAGUAUUUUCCCUCUUGAACAUUUUGUCUGCCAUGUUAUGCAUGCAGUUCUGUGUACUGCAUUCAAGUGCUCAAGCCCAUGCCUUGGUGGAAUAAACUUUUUCUCCUAUUCCAUUAAAAAUCAGACAUCUUGUCAGUUAGUUCAGAAAUAAGAAUGAGGUCAUCACUAUGUUAAAAAAAAAGGCUCCAAUUCUAGGGCACAAAUCAACAUCCAAGCUAUCAGCAAAUAACAUCUGAAAUCUAUCCAGGAUAUAGCCAGCCUGCAUUCUCAGCUGGUGUAAAUCAGAGUCACUUGUCCGAUUUCAGUGGAGUCAUCCCAUUUAUGCCAUCUGAAGUUAAACAUCCCUUGUCCUCAUUACACCGAUUUUUUUUAGCAUUACUGUAAAACUCCAAGGCCAUCUGACUAAACAGCAGCUCAUUACUCUCCUCAUCAUUUACUGCUUAUUUUACUGUAGCACCCAAAGGGCCAAGUCAUGGGCCAAGAUCCCUUUGAGGUAGGUGCUGUGAAUUUGCUGAACAAAAAGACAGCCCGUGCAGAAGGGUUUGCAGAAUGCUGCAGCCCCACUAACAUCAUACCAAGAGCAAUAGGAAUCGCCACCUCACUGGCCCUUUUGAGACUCUGUCUUUAAGAUGAAGAGCAUGAGAGAUGAUCCAUCAUCUCUCAUACCACAUUAGCAACUUGCAGCCUUGACCUACAGCCCAAGCAACUUUCCCUGAUGUAAAACAGCGUUUCUGGGGAUGAGUGGUAGCCAGCAUUCCAGGCAAGAUUUUUUUGGGGGAAAAAAAGCAUUAAAAAAAAAGGAAAAAGAAAAAAUAAUUAAAAAAAGAAGGCAACACUGUUGGCUCUUAGUGGGAUAGCAACGUUUUAAUUUCUGGAUUUGUGCUCCUAAAUUUGAAUUGGCCAGUUUGAAUUUCUGAGUGUAGCAGCCUGUACUCACCAAGCUGCUCCAUCUGGCAUACUGGCCAGCGCACAUCUCUUUAGCAGGAUGUUUCUCAGUCUAGCUGUAGUGUGGGGUACUCAGAAUCUGAACUGGAGUUUACAAAACACCCUGUCCAGCUUACACUCCUGUUAUGUGUAAAUACUCUGUGCAUCCAUUCCAUUUGUGUAAAGAAUAAAGCACACACAAUUAUAAAAAUUAAGCUGUAUAUUUCA